UCAGACGUAGCGCAGUGUGCAGACUGACGAGACCAACCAACAAACACACAAAAUGUAUGUUGCGGUUCUCUCUCUCUGCAUUUUGCUUUGCGAGUCACUCUCUGGACUCAUUCUGCCUCAGACAACGCCGGACGGUAGCACAGAUCUAACCAGCCUUCUAAGCCACGUCACCCUUCUCGAACAGACUGUGACCGGCCUUCAGACAACGACUGUGCAACUACAAUCAGAUCUACAGGCCAACAAGGCACAGGCAGCUGCUGAGAUUUCUUCUCUGAAAAAUGAAAUGGCGUCCCUGAAGGCAGAACUGCGGGUAUCUUCCGAUAACCUGUCCAUUUUACAGAACCAAUCGCUGGACAAUAUGCAGUUGGUCAUGGCACUUGCAUCAAAAUCAAGAAAGGCAUCUUUCCAAGUCUCCCUCCAACUAAUCAGAUCACCUGCUAACAUCCCCCUGAAAUUCAGUCACGUCGACUACAACGCUGGCUCUGCCUACAACACAACCACUGGGAAGUUCACUGCACCCGUCUCUGGAACCUACAUGUUCUGGACGCACCUGGAAAUGUGGAACUCAACCUCGUACACGUACGUCUAUAUCAAGAAGUCAGGAGGAGUGAACAUAGUAACCGGAUACUUGAAACCACACACGAGUAGUAAUUACGCUGAUGCUUCUGCUGUAACUGUCACCCAUCUGGACAGAGGAGAGUAUGCUUGGGUGGAGAUGUCGUCAUUCCACUUCGUCUAUGGUGAUACUUCCUCAUACUUUGGUGGGGCCAUAUUAUUAGUUGACGGAUGAACUUUAUUUGGUUAGCAAUUCGCUACAGAAAAGAACUUUUUAUUCCUCUGAACAAUGUUAUUAAAUGCUUCUAAAUGCCACAUUACCAUAUUGUUUCAUAGUCCAGAAAAUCGUCCAGAUACCAUUUGCAAAAAAACACUUGCAGUCUC